AUGGCACCCACAAGCGGCCAGACUUUGGCAAUAUCCAUGAGCUCCUCAUGGAAAGGCUUUGUCAGAUCAUGGAUUUUCGUCCCGUUCGGAUUGGUUGUCAUGCUAUAUUUCGUCCUGGCACUUGACACUCUCAUUGGUCUUGGCACCGUGUCAUUCCCCGCCAGUGUAGCAUGCCUUCUGAUUCUGUUCUUCGGACUGCUGCUGGCCGAUCUCGUGCUGAGCAAGAAGAACAUGGAAACACUAUUGAAAGUCAUAGACGUCCCAAUCGGAUUCGCCCUCCGUACGAUGAACCUUUACUUCACACCCAGCUUCAUCCUUUUGCCGCUCAGCAACAUGAUCAGCGGUGCAGAGAUUGGCGUUCUGAUCGGCGUCUUCAUUGUGGGAUACGUCGUUCAGUUUGCCGUAACGGCCUACACCUCACGGGCUAUCCAGCUCUUGCUCCGACAGUGGCAAAAGCGCAGCAACUCCGCUUCAGAAAAGCCAGAGGCAGACGAGGCGCAAAGUGGCAGUCCGUCCGACCACCCAGCAACGCCAGACGACAGUUCCAAAGACGAACCAUCCCACGAAGCCACCGGCGGUGCGCAAUGCUCACCCACCUCCUCGUCCACCAGCCCACCAACAUCCCCCGACCCGCCAGCAGCCAGCCGCACCCCCUCCCGCAAACUCGCCACCACCCUCCUCAACCACCCAGACGCCUGCAUCUACCUCUCCCUCCUCCUCUUCGUCGGCCUCCCAGUCUACUACACCACCACCUACACCAUGCCCCUCUUCCUCCCCCUCAACGUCCUCACCUUCCUCCUCGCCAACGCCAUCCCCCCCAAAAUCCGGCGCCUCGCCCACCCCGUCCUCACCACCUCCCUCCUCACCGUCCUCCUCAUCUGGGCCUUCGCCGCCACCAAAUCCCUCCCCGACCCCCUCCGCACCUCCCUCUCCCUCUACCGCACCCAAACCAGCUACCUCGCCUACUUCCGCGGCACCCAGAACCUCCCCCUCCCCGGCGCCGGCGACAUCCUCGCCUCCCUCCUCGACGCCAGCAUCGUCUCCCUCGCCCUGCCCAUGUACCAGCACCGCCGCGCGCUGUGGCGCUUCUUCUUCGCGAUUUUCACUCCAUGCGCGGCGCUGGCGCUGCCGUCCCUCCUCGCGUACCCGCCGCUGUGCGCCGCGUGGGGCGUGUCCGGCGCGCGCAGCCUCGCCAUGGCGCCGCGCAGCGUCACGCUCGCGCUGGCGCAGCUGUCGGCGCGGAACCUCGGCGGGGAGAGCAGCGCGGUGUCGCCGAUUGCGGUGGUGAGCGGGAUUUCGGGCCCCAUCUUCGGGCCGACGAUUUUGAGGGUGUUGGGCGUGCCGGAGGAUGAUUAUGUGACGUGGGGCGUCGUGCUUGGGGCGAAUUCGUCGGCGAUCGCGACGGCCAUGUUGUUGGAGAAGGAUCGGCGGGCGGCGGCGUUGAGCUCGCUGUCCAUGAGCAUUUUCGGGAUCCUGUUCAUCGUGCUGACUGCGAUUCCGGAUGUCGUGAGCUUUGUCAGGGGCUCGGUGGGGUUGUGA